AUGGCCGCCCGUCCUAAAAACCUCAACGACACUUACAUCGCCCCCACCUACCCGUAUCUCAAACCCAUCAUCGUAUGCGGCGUCAUAAUGGCUCUCUCCGCCCGGCGCGAAGUCAUUUCCCCAGGUUCUCCACUAUAUGAUCAUCUUUUAUCGCGGUCGCCAAAUGCCAUCAAGACUGCGACAUGGAUCCAGAACGGGCUGUUCUAUUUCUUGUUCGGAGGCCACGCAAUUGAGUCAGCAAUGUUCACGAAGCGGCUAAACGAUCAUGGUGUCCGCCUAUUCAGCGUUUCCUGGUUCAAAUGGAUCGGGACCUGUUUUGUUGGAGGCAAUUUCGUGUUCAAGUACUUUGAUCGGGCUGUUGGGAAGGCUGCGUGA